GCCUUCGCCGCCGCACCGCCCGUUACCCGGCAACGGCGGCGGCGGGCGCGCUCCCGCGGCCGCGGCCGGGCGGGAAGCGGCACCGCGCUGAAAGGUUCCCCGCCGCCGACGUGUCACCGUUAAGGGGAAGGAAAAACGCAAGCUAAUCUGUGGAUACUGAAGAAUGGAAAUAGUUGAUGCAAGCUUCCUUGGGAACAAUACCAACAUUACUGCUUUCCUGUGCAAUAUCAUCUUGGAAAAUGACACUUUUUACUGUGUGGAUGAUCCACCUUAUCCUUCUAAAGAUUUCCAUCAGAUAAUUCGAAUUCUGCUGUAUUGUUUGAUAUUCUUACUCAGCGUUUUGGGGAACAUUCUGGUAAUUACAGUGCUGAUAAGAAAUAAGCGGAUGAGAACAGUCACCAACACGUUUCUGCUGUCACUAGCAGUCAGCGACCUGAUGCUCUGCCUUUUCUGCAUGCCUUUCACCCUCAUUCCCAACCUGCUGAAAGAUUUUAUUUUCGGUAGUGCUGUUUGCAAAACUGCCACUUAUUUCAUGGGUGUCUCUGUAAGUGUAUCUACAUUCAACCUGGUUGCCAUAUCUUUGGAGAGAUACAGUGCCAUUUGCAAACCGCUGCAGUCCAGGGUCUGGCAGACAAAAUCUCAUGCCUUGAGAGUGAUUGCUGCUACCUGGUGUGUCUCCUUCACUAUCAUGUCACCAUACCCAAUCUACAGCAAACUGGUACCUUUCACCAAGUAUACCAACACCACAGCAAAUAUGUGCCGGCUCAUUUGGCCAAGUGAUGUCAUUCAGCAGUCUUGGUACACUUUUCUGCUACUCACACUCUUUCUUAUUCCUGGAAUUAUAAUGAUGGUUGCAUAUGGCCUAAUUUCUUUGGAACUCUAUAGAGGAAUAAAAUUUGAUGCCAGCCAGAGAAAAUCUUCACGAGAAAGAAAAAUAAGUACCUGCAGUGCCAAAUACGAGGAUGGAGAUGGAUGCUACCUCAACAAAAGCAAAAGGAAAAGGAAAAUGCCAUUGAAACAGCUCUCUGCUAUGAGCCACAGCAAGAUAGAGAGGGUGAGAAGCAGCAGCUCUUCUGCCAACUUAAUGGCCAAGAAACUCGUGAUCCGUAUGUUGAUGGUGAUAGUGGUUUUGUUUUUCAUUUGCUGGACUCCCAUCUUCAGUGUCAAUGCCUGGCGCGCGUUCGACACCGCUUCAGCAGACCAGCGUCUCUCAGGGGCUCCCAUCUCCUUCAUACACUUGUUGUCCUACACUUCUGCUUGUGUGAACCCCAUCAUAUACUGCUUCAUGAACAAGCGUUUCCGCAUGGGCUUUGUAGCCACUUUCACCUGCUGUGCAAAGCAAAGGCCCCCCGCCACACGGGGAGAGGCUGGUGAUGAGGAGGAGGGGAAGACGACAGGGGCUUCACUCUCCAAAAGUUCUUACACGCACGUGACUGUGUCUGCACCACCCUGAGCUGUGUCAGAGGAGGCAACAAGCGGCCUAUCAUCUGGUGUUGGAGAGUGACUGUGGCAUCAGCUGAACAUGAUUUAGUUCUGAGUUAAUGAACUUCAGUUGACAGUAAACACAGUGAGAAUUCUAUGGGAAAUGGAAGCUAUCACCAUCUGAGUGUUAGAUCACUUUCCCUUCAAAAGUACAAAGGAGGAAGAGAGCUGUGAAGAUAAAGGACUUUGUAAAAAGCCUUAGAAGAUGCUCUGUUUGCCAUAAAUUUCAUUGUAAAAAUUGAUGUCCUUUACGUCAACAAUUUUGCUCAGUGUUCAGCUGGAAUUCUGAGUAUCUCCUAAAAUUUCCAAGAUGCUAAUAGAUUCUUCUCAAACAUGAAUACAUGUAUUGCAGUCUUCACUUCACUAGCUAUGCAUUAUAACCAAAAAAUCUUUCUGUUAUAUUUGUAGUAUAUUUUCACAUUAUUUUAGCUGAGCUAAUACAUGUUGAGAUAAUUUUGGCAUCACGCUCACAGAAGUUCUGGGGUGAGGAGCAUGGGCUUGUCCAUGUGAAAAUAAUACUUUUAUGUAAAAUAAUUUUUUUUAAUAAAAUGAAAAUAAAAGAAUAUAAAUAUUG